AUGCCGUGGGGUGCAAAGCAAGACGCCUCGCGCUCAAAAGACAAGUACGACGACAUCCAAGUCGCCAGCAAAGAAAGAGCCCAAAGCAGAACCCAGGGCCCCCCCAAAGACGAACAAGAAGAACCAAGGCCUCACUACCUCCCGACCCCUCCAAUACCUACAAAGGCCCAACAAUGUCCCCCCCGCCUAAUGACCUUCUUCGGCAUCUCAGUCCUCGGCCUGAGCACCUACUGCGGCUACCUCUACACCUCCUAUACGCGCCAAGUCGCCGCUUCACGCGCUCUGGAAAUCGACCCGGACGUCUCGGACCGAUACAACGACAGCGCCACCCGCUUCGAUGCCGAGAUCGAACUGGAUGAGAAGCUGAUGCGGCUCGGCGCGAAGCGCGCGUCUCUGAUCGCGCUCGCCCGCGGCGACGUUCUCGAGGUCUCCUGCGGCACGGGCCGUAAUAUCCCGUACUACGAGCUCGGGAUGCGGCGUGGGAUAGACGAAAAGGGACGGGCGACGGUGAAGGGGUGCCGGUCUGUGACGUUCACGGAUCUGAGCGCGCCGAUGGUGGAGGUUGCGAAGAAGAAGUUUGCGGCGCUGCAUCCUGGGGCAGAGAAUGUGGUGUUCCGGGUGCGCGAUGCGAAGGAAGUCGAGGUCGAUAUACCGGGAUUGAAGCCGUCGAGGGGGGGAACAGGGAGCGAGGGAGUGCAUGAGGGGGUUACGCCGGGAUCCUACUAUGAUACGGUGGUGCAGACUAUGGGGCUUUGCUCGAUGCCGGAUCCUGUGGGCACGUUGAGGCAUUUGGGGGAAAUUACAGAGCCGGAGCAUGGGAGGAUUUUGUUGCUGGAGCAUGGGAGGUCGUAUUACGGAUGGUUGAAUACCAUGUUGGAUAAUCUUGCGACGGCGCAUGCGAAUCGGUACGGGUGUUGGUGGAAUCGGGACAUCGGGGCUAUUGUGAAAGAAAGUGGGUUGGAGAUUGUGGAGGAGAAGAGGUAUCAUUUUGGAACAACUUGGUGGCUUGUGCUACGGCCGAAGAAGACUGGCCAGGGGCUGAGUUCUUAG